CGAAAAAAGCCGAAGCUGGAUUCCGGCGUAUCCCCCCCUCUCCUCCCUUCCUCGCGGCGGUGUAGCGCGGUAGCCAUGUUCCCUGGCGCCUGUUCCGGUAUCGAGAUUCAGUGCAUUGCCUGACGGCCGCUGGGCCCAUUCCCGUCCCCCGCUCGUCGCCUGCAGAAGCCUGCCUUGUCCGGAGGACGCGUCACCUGGAGAGGACUCCUCAGUGCGAGUGUUUGCGAGCCGUUUGUGGAACGCUAACGGAUCACCGUCUCAGUGACCCACCUUCACGGUUAAUCUACGUGAAACGACGGCUUUGGAGUCUGCGGAGUUAUUCGGCCGCCUCGGAAUAGGCUACCGGCUGGUCGACUGACUGACUCGCUCGCCCGCUGUGUCGGGACCAGCGGAUUACCAGCGGAGGACCGCCUGACGGUUUUCUAUUUUUUACUUUAUUUUCUCCAGACCAAGUGGAAGGGGGUGUGAUUUUCAUACCUUCAGGCUUUUUUUUUUACCCCCCCCCAUCCUUCGAAGAUAACCCAAGUCAGGCUCGUUUGGCCUAAAGUUUAAUCCGCGGUCUCGAUUUGAACUGGAAGCAGCUGAGCCGGUCUCCGCUGACAGCCCCCCGGGUUACGCCGGCCGCGCUCCGCAGCUGCUCCCUCCCCGGAGACCGCAGAAUGUCAGCCAAGUACCUCCGACUCGGCCAAAAUCCCGGACGUCGAUUUUAAAACCUCCGAAGCAAAUACACGCAUUUUUCUUGCCGAAUAAGUGCUUUGGUCGCUUGGUAUUUUCCAGACUGUGGCCGGCGAACCGUAUGAUAAAUUUCUGUGGGCUUCAAACUUUGUGUCCGCCGCCCGCGGACGCGUAUUUACGGAAUAGGCGCUUUUAAUGAGGCGACUUGUUGGUCUCGGUAAACGUAGCUAACUCGCCUCCGGAGGGAAUAGCUAAGUACAUUUUAUUUUUGCCCCCCGAAGAAAUAUCGAAGUGUUGCUACGUAGUAUAAAUGUACGCCCGAUUUUGAAUUGCUUCGUGUCCCCAUCUACUUUUUUUUUUUUUUUGAAAACCCCACAAAAUGUCAACGCGGCCGGCAUUGUUAACAGUUAUUGAAAAUUCUCCAGGACAGCCUCACUCAGAGCCCAAGGUGAGCGGCCGCGCCAAUAUGCCACGCUGCCGCAACUCGUUUGCCACCACGGCGGACGAGCAGCCGCACAUCGGCACGUACCGGCUGCUGAAGACCAUCGGCAAGGGCAACUUUGCCAAAGUGAAACUGGCCAGGCACGUGCUGACGGGGAAAGAGGUGGCUGUGAAAAUCAUUGAUAAAACUCAGCUGAAUUCCUCCAGUCUCCAGAAGCUCUUUCGAGAGGUGAGAAUCAUGAAGUUGUUGAAUCACCCUAAUAUUGUUAAGUUAUUUGAAGUCAUAGAAACUGAGAAGACGCUGUACUUGGUUAUGGAGUACGCCAGUGGGGGUGAAGUGUUUGAUUACCUCGUCGCUCACGGGCGGAUGAAAGAGAAAGAAGCCCGGGCCAAGUUCAGACAGAUCGUGUCAGCAGUGCAGUACUGUCACCAGAAGUGCAUAGUGCACAGAGAUCUGAAGGCGGAGAACCUGCUCCUUGACAGCGACAUGAACAUCAAAAUCGCCGACUUUGGCUUCAGCAAUGAGUUCACACUGGGCAAUAAGCUGGACACCUUCUGCGGCAGCCCCCCCUAUGCAGCCCCCGAGCUUUUCCAGGGCAAGAAGUACGACGGGCCCGAGGUGGACGUCUGGAGCCUGGGGGUCAUCCUCUACACGCUGGUCAGCGGAUCGCUGCCUUUCGACGGCCAGAACCUCAAGGAGCUGCGUGAGCGAGUGCUUCGGGGAAAGUACAGGAUCCCCUUCUACAUGUCCACUGACUGCGAGAACCUGCUGAAAAAAUUCCUAAUCUUGAACCCCACCAAGCGGGGCAGCUUAGAGCAGCAGAUCAUGAAGGACCGGUGGAUGAACGUGGGACACGAGGAAGAGGAGCUUAAGCCAUAUGUAGAGCCAAAGCCUGACUACAACGACCCCAGGCGGACAGACAUCAUGCUUCAGAUGGGCUACUCUCAAGAAGAGAUCCAGGACUCCCUUGUCAACCAAACAUACAAUGACGUAAUGGCUACGUACCUUUUGUUGGACUACAGGACCUCAGAGAUGGACGAAGGUGCCAACGUAACAAUAAAAGCCCGUCCAGUGAAUGACCUCACAAACAGUAAUGUGCAGUCCCCUCCCCACAAGGUACAGCGCAGCGUCUCGUCUAACUCCAAGCCUCGAAGAACCACAGACCAGGGCUCCUCAUCCUACUCCAAGCGCUCCCAGGGAGAUGGCAAGCACACGACUGAGGAUUCGACGAGGAAAACGUCCAGCGGCUCCACCAAAGUCCCCCCCAGCCCCCUGGCUCCGGGUGACCACGCAAAAGGCCCCCCUAGCCCCUCCCCUAACAACAUCCUGUCCACUGGUACAAGCCGGAGCAGGAACUCCCCCCUCACUGAGGGGGCCACUCUGGGACAAGGGGUACAGAACGGCAAGGACAGCCUGAACACCCCCGGGUCCCGCGCCUCCACCGCCUCGGCAGCUGCUGUCCUCACCUCCUCCUCUUCCUCCCGCUCCCGUCACCAAAAGUCCCUGUCCUCCUCUGCCCACCCCAGUCCCCUCGACUUCCACGCACAGCGCCCCAGGCAAGUGGCAGACACGCAGGAGCGAGAGGAGCUCGCCCGGAGGCGCACUGCUCCUCAAAGAUAUCCUGGGGUGUCUCCCUCGGCCCAAAAUGUCAGCAGCGCCGCGGUGACGGACCGCACCAACUUCCCCAGAGGAGUGGCCAGCCGAAGCACUUUCCAUGCUGGUCAGCAGAGGGCGACGAAGGACCAGCAGGCCUCAGCCUACAAUGGCCCCCCUGCCUCCCCUUCCCUCUCCCAUGGGACGAGCCAGCCGCGGCGUCCCGGAGCUGCAGGCAUCUUCAGCAAGUUCACUUCGAAGUUUGUGCGCAGAAAUCUCUCGUUCAGAUUCCCCAGAAGGAGCCCGUAUGAGGGAGAGGGUCGUGAUGAGGGGAGCAGGCCAAUGCUGAGCACCACAGGGGACAAGAGUGAGAAGGUCCCAGGUGGCACUGUGGGCUCCAUGGGAGACGAGAACAAGGACUCGCUCUCCUCCUCGCCCGUCCCCAGUGGUACACCACCCUCUAAGGACUCCAAACCCCGGUCACUGAGAUUCACCUGGAGCAUGAAGACCACAUCUUCCAUGGAGCCCGGCGAGAUGAUGAAGGAGAUUCGCAAGGUGCUGGACUCCAACAACUGCGAGUACGAGCUGCGCGAGCGCUUCAUGUUGCUGUGCGUGUCGGGUGACCCGUCACGGGAUGACUUUGUGCAGUGGGAGAUGGAGGUGUGCAAGCUGCCGCGCCUCUCGCUCAAUGGCGUGCGCUUCAAGCGCAUCUCUGGUACCUCCAUCGCCUUCAAGAACAUCGCCUCCAAGGUCGCCAAUGAGCUGAAACUGUGAUCGCUCUUGGGGGUACAACAUAACCGGAGAUGCGUCAAGUUUGACGACGACAACGUUGUGGAGUCGGGAUUCUAAUUGAAAUGGAGACGACCCAGGAGAAGGAAACAGGCAUAGAAAUGGGGACACAUGUGGACUGUGCACCAAGAACAGAUCAUCGGACUUGCAGGGCUGAGAUUGUCAUAUAGGCUAUAUGGUGGGGGCUUAGAUUUUGCAAGUGUUAGUCAUUUGACGACAACUCCCUCCCAGUUAACGUCCGUCCCUAGAUCGUGUUUUUUUUUUAUGUAUUUUUUUUAUCUCCAAAUUCAUGAAAAUGUAUGACCAUUUUUUUGGCCUGCUGUUUGUUUUUUAUUUUUAAAGUCUCAUACCUCUUUGUAGAGGACCGGGGCGAGGGAAUGUUUUGCAGUACCUGGAACGUAACAUGAGAGUCUCUUGACCUCUUGACAGUUUGUUUCAUUUCGGUGCAAAAUGGUGACCCAUCUCCAUGCAGAAGCGACAAACUCCCUGGCUUCCUGAGUGUACAGCACAGCUGCGUAGCACCCUGAGGGCAGCCCUCCUGUGGGCGCACCUGUCCACACCUGCUGUCUUAACACUAGAGUUCCAUCCACUUCACUCCUUUUCUUCAGCCAGUUACAUUUUUACUGCAGGGGUCAAUUACGAGAUGAACUGAACAAGGGCCAAUUAUGUAAAAAUGGAUGGAUUGUACUUGUAACUGAGUUGCUGGUUGGUUUCAAGUUCUGCACUGGAAUGAAUCUGUUAUUACUUUUCUGAAGAAAAAAUAAUUACUAUAAGCAAGCUGAAUGAUCUUUUGUUUUGUGUGUGUUCAAUUGUAUCUCGUCUUUGUAUAGAGAAUGUAAACGGAACACGAGACUCCAUCAUGCCUCCCUCCAAGCCACCCGGAAGAGAGUAUAAAAUCUAUCUAUAAAUAUAUAAAUAUCUACAAAUCUAUAUAUCACUGAAAAGGAAAUGAUUUAGUUUGUGUCAUUUUAAUUUGUGCAUUUGAGAAUGUGACUUGAACCAUUGUUUUCCCUCCCAAAACACCCCCCACCCGCCUGACUGACAAAGAGAAAGUCCAAGUCCAAAUGGAGAAAGUCCAAGAGAGAAACUGUCAAACCACAACUCCGCCCCCCCCCCCACGGCAGAGGGGUAAAAAGACUAGAGCUGUGGCAGUAUCAUACCUUAUCAUAAAUAUUGUUGCAUUAUUUUAUUACUAUCACCGUCGUCUUGACUGGAGGAUUUGCUAUGAUGCAUGCAUGGGGUGAUCCUGCUGUUUCUGUAUUUACAACCAAAUGGCUGUUUGCUUCAAACAUCUUUCUCACAGUGAUUCUGUAUGUAAUUGGGGGGGUCAGUCUUUAAAGUUGCUUAUCUUAAUUGACUACUGCUCAUUCGUCUUGGUUUAGUGUAUUAUUCCUUUUUUGGUGUUUUUGUUCUUUAUAAAGAUAUUCUUAGCACAGUAGAGGAGCUACACUGGUUUAUUUAAGUUUGGCGGUGUCAGGUGUUGAACCUGACGUGAGAGUAGCUGUGUUAAACAGGACAGUGGGUCAGGUUGGGUGGGUGGGUGUGUGUGUGUGGUGGAUGUAACCCUGCCCCCCCCUAUCCCAGCAGCCCCUGCCCUCCCAUGUCAUCAGUAUACACAAGACAUGAUUGAUAGAUGAGUGGCGUCUGAAGUAAUCGAGUAACCAAAGGACGAAACCGUCAGUUCCCCAUUGAUUGUAAUGGCUUAGUGCUCUACCUACUGGAUUUAUGGUGAGAUUUGUCUGCGAGUGAAGUCGGGAGUCAGCACUGAGUCGCCGCAGAAGCUAGUGUCCAGGUUUUGACUUCGGUGUGGGAAGUAUGGGUGCUCUGUCUGGAUGCUCCUGUGCCUGUGGAUGAGCACUCGGUGCUCCUCGUUCCCUUUUGCAACACAGAACUGUAAGUGAUUGUCUUUAAAAAAUAAAUUCUGCAAAAUCCCCUCCUAUGUAUACUGUUAGCUCUUCUCCAUCGCACCCAGUGCUGCAUUAUUUUCGAUAGCAGGAGCGGUUUAACCAGUUCUGAGUGCGAAGGUAUAAGCUUCAUACAUGCCUGCUUAGACUGAGUGAGAGAUGUACUGUGCUGAUUUGCGUCAUUAAUGGUUAUUGCAGAAAGAAUCCCCUGCUGUGUCUGGGCCAGCCGGCUCACCGCAUUCAGCACCGAGGCUUUCUGCGGUUCCACUUCCCUCUGCUCAGAGCGUGUGACCAUUUCGGGUCCCUGUUCAAAACCUUUUCCAGUUCAUUCAAAUUCAGCUCCCGUUUGCAGCUCCCUCAUCCUUUGGUAUCAAUUUCCAAGGAUGACGGAGUUUGAGGCGAUUGGCGUGUUGCUGUGUCACUGGGCCAUAAAAAAAAAACCGAUAACGUGAGAGACGGGGGUGCGUAGCGUGACUGGGGCACGAUCUCUGCGUUUCCAGCCACUCUGAAGCUCACUGUUGGCCGUCAUAGAGUUUCAUCCUUACCCAUGAUCAGAAUUACAGCUGAUGAGUACGCAUGUGUGUGUCGUGCACUUGGUGCGAAUUGUGUAGUGUCUCCCCACUGCUGUGCAAUGGGACUGUGGCACCCCCUCGUCAGCAGCCUCUCCAGUACUGUCUGGGUUCGGGGCUCCAAUAAUACAGGAAGGCAAUGGUAAUGAGAAGGUGCAGAGGCAGGAAAGGGUGGACGGUCUCAAACGCAAAUGUGAACUGCUUCGGAGAACACCUGUGCACAUCUGUAUAUUUUUGAGAUUUUGUUUUUAAUGAAACUUUUUCUGUCCAGAUGAUUUUGUUCAAGGUGCUGGGAAUCCUAUCUUUUUUCAGGGUUGAUUUUUGUCACAUUUUUUUCCAUUGCUGUAAUUUACAAUUUUUUGUGUCACAAACUGCACAAUUGGUGUGCCCAGGGUGGGACAAUGUAUUGUUUUUUUGUGAGGAAAAUAAUUCAAUGAUAGUAAUAAACAAAUGGCAUUAAAACUAAA